AUGAAGUAUAUCUUUACUACUCUGUUGCUGGCCUCUGCGAUCCUGGCCCUACCUACUGAUUUCUCGAGUCAGGAGUCCACCACUGCCGCGACUCAGGAAGAAGCAGGUCCCAAUCCUAUUGGUCUGCUUGGUGAUACCCUUGGCCUCCGUCGACGUGGAGUACUAACCAGUAUCGAGUCGUCCACCAAGCGUGGUAACCAGGUUGCUCGGCAGAUGCCUGGUGAUGAUGACUUCAACCCAGAUACAUGGACUCCAUUCAAGCGUGGUAGUCAGGUUGCCCAGAAGACUACUGCAGAAGAAUUCGAUGGGCCUUUUGGUCCGGGUCUUACAAAUGGUGUUGCCUUUAAAAGAGAUGUGACUAGUACUGAGUCGCCUGUCAAGCGUGACAAUCAAGAUGCCCAGAAGGCUACUGUUGAUGAUGCCUACUUACCUGAUCUAGGUGCCUGGACCAAUUUCAAGCGUGACAACCAGGAUGCCCAGGAGGCUACUGCAAAAGACUUUGAAGGUCCUUUUGGUCCGGGCCUUCCGAAUGGUGUUGCAUUCUAG